AUGGAUCCAACAAUUGAUCCAACUCUUGGCGCCAACGCGAAAAAGACAGGACCAAAAAAGAAGAAAAAAGCAUCACCAAAAAAGAAGAACGAAGCAGCAGCAGCAAGUAAAAACGGAGACCAACCAGCUGCCGAGAAAACAGUAGAACCAAAGAAAAAAAAAUCAAAAAAGAAGGAUUCUACGAGCGACCCGGCCACAACGAAAGCCCCCAAGACACGUUACCAAGAACAUGAAGAUGUUCAAAUCUGCCUGUCUUGGCUAGAAGUAUCCCAAGACCCCCUCAACUCGACAAAUCAGACUUCAGACACAUUCUGGAACCGAGUUGCCAAUCACUUCACGAAAGCAAUUAGUGAUGGAUCCCGAUCUGGUACGAGUAUCAAAAGUCGCUGGCAACUUCUCCAACAACGGGUCAAUAAGUUUUCCGGCUGCGUCAAGCAAAUUGAGCUCUCCAAUCAGAGUGGGACCUCGGCUGAAGAUCGAUUGAGCAGCGCGCUCAAGCUCUACAUGGCUCUCUCAGAUCAGCCAUUUUCUCAUCUACGUUGCUACAACAUUCUCAAUCUUGCUCCCAAGUGGAAGGACCAUUGCGUUGAAAUUGAAAAGAAGCACAAGACAACGAAUAUUAGUAGUACUAGUAGUUCUGCUGCAUCCGCCAUAUCAUCGUUAGACGACAACGGACCCGCCGAUUCUCUUUCCUCUGAUGUGAUCAAUGAUCCUGCCAACAGCGAUGCUUCCACGAUUCAAUCUAGCAAGAUUAAGCGCCCAAUGGGAAACAGGAAGGCUAAAGAUCUAGCCCAACAAACACGAGAAGAUAAAAAGUUCAAGGACGAAAUCCUCUUAUUUCACAAGGAGCUAUCCAACAACUCGAAAGCUCAAAAUCAAAUCCUUUCUGAGCAGAAAGAUGCAAUGGCGACUCUAGCAAACAAUACCAUAAUGCAAAUCGAUCUUUCGACUGUCAGCGAGGCCAGCCGCCCCUUUUACGAUUGGCAGCAAAGGAAAGUUUUGGAUCAGGUUAAGAGAGAACAAGCGGAAUAUGAGAAAAAAUUAAAAGAAGAAGAAGAAUUGAAAAGAAAGAAAGAUGAAGAAGAGAAUAAAAAAAAGAAAGAAGAAGAGAAAAAAAAGAAAGAAGAAGCACAAAAAAAAACACAACAAGAGUCGGAUGACGAAGAGGACGAGGAGGACGAGGAGGACGAGGAGGACGAGGAUGAAGACGAGAACAAUGAUGAGAGCGGGGAGGACGAGGAGGAGGAAUAG